AAGCUCUAUUACUUUUAGUACGAGUAAAAGUACUUCUACUUACCUAGGUAGUAGUAGUACGAAUUUUACCGUUCCAUCUAAACUGAAAGAUCCUUGUGCAUCGUUGCACAAGGUACCGUACGACUAUACCUAGUAGGGUACGGGUACAACUCCAAUGUGAACCAGAAAUCUCGUCACUCCAUACCGCACCAGGUAUCCUGUUUUACGACGAUAUUAUCUUCGACAGAGACACAGCGCCGCAACCAUGGUCGCCAAGAAACGCAAUCUUGCUAGUUCGGGGAAUGGAGCAAGUCGCGGAAUGCAGAGAGGAAACAGUGCUGCGGGUGGCGGUGGUGGCGGUGGCGUCUCCAGCAAAAACGCCCAUCGAGACACGCUUCCCGGCAUUGUCUGGUCUGUGGUCCUGUGCAUCGUGAAAUGCUCGAUUUGGUUUGCAAUAGCGUUUCCCUUUGCGGUGGCUACCCAUUCCCUCUCGCUUGUCUUUGGCCGGCCUCCGAACUUGGUCUACUUGCAGCAAACCCUGCGGUAUCUAGGAUUUGUGUGGAAAUCGUUAACGUUUGCAACCCCCGAACAAGAGCGGCACAUGCAGUCCUUCUCGGUCACGGAAAAGAUUCGGCUCACCACCACGAUUCUCGUUCACACCAUCUGCUCUCCGCUUUCCGCCUUUGGAUGGAUCCUCGACGAGAUUCUCUACGGGCGUCGCUUGAAUGGGCUGGAACCAAAGGAAAAAGCCGCGGUCGAGAAUCCCGUCUUUGUGGUGUCGGCCUUUCGGUCCGCCUCGACCCAACUGGCACGGGGCCUCGUCUCCGAAACCCGAUACACGUGCGAGAAGGGUGGCACCAGCACCACCGAGCCUUGUUUUGUGGCGCCCAACGCUAUGAUGUGUGCCUACCCCUAUCUGUGGCUGUGGAAGCUCGUGUAUGCCAUCGUUGGCGACAUUCCCGAUACGCUGGUCGACGCCGAACGAGCACAGACCGAGGGCGGCCUCACCAAGGAAGACGUGAGGGAAAAAUUCAACGCCGGGUUCACUCCCGACAGCAUGGCCCGGCACGCCAACGAUCCCUUCCAGACGGACACCUUCGACGGCACCUUUCUGAACUGCCACCUGAAUGGCUUUGUGUGGCAGCUCUGCCGCGGCCUGCCGGCCUCUGCCAUCGAACAGGAGUUCAAUUACGCCUGCCAGAAAGAGGGGGACGCGCUCAACCGGCGCAUCUGGCAGACCGACAUGGUCCGCCACAUCGAAAGGCUGGCCCGGAAAACCAUUCUGUUCCACAACGAGGGCGGCGGCGAAACGGCCGCGGGAGGGGUACGACCGCCGCAGCGGUUUCUGCUCAAGGGCCACUUCCUGUCGGUGUGCCCGCAGCUGAGGGAGGCCUACGGUGGGAGGGCCCGGUUCGUUACCAUCCUGCGGGAUCCCUGCGAGCGGUUGCGGAGCGGGAUCAACUACAUGGCCGUCAAUCCCACGCUCUACGCCAGCGAUCCGAGGCAGCAGAUCCCGUGGGCCGCCUUUGCGGAGGCCCUGGGAGAGACCGAGGCCCAGUACUGCGAGCGCGAACUGCAGUGGUUUGGGGGGACCGGUGGCGACGAGAGCGACCGGCUGGCCGUGACCUUUGACUCCUUUGUGGCGGACCGGGGGAAGGCAAUGGGAGAAAUCGUCAACUGGCUCGGACUUGUGCCGGAGGACGAUCCGGGAGAGGUAGCGAUCGCGUCCACCUCGCAAGCCAAGAAGAGCAAGUCGCCGCGGAAAAAGAAGACGCCCUCCGCUUCUUCCGCCGCGACCAAAAAAGCGUAUCGCAUCGAUCGAUCCCUUGCCGAGUUGGGAGUGGACGAAAAGGCAUACAGAGAACGUUUGUCGGACUACCUAGCAUGGAUAAAAGAUGUAUCUAGCGGGAGUUCCUACAAAAGCAAAUCGGAGUGAGAUCCUUUGAUAUUUUCACGACAGGGCAUAUCAUUGGAUCUAAUAGAGAACGAGCAAAGAA